AUGAGCUCUCUCCGCUUCGCUCGCUCUGCCUUCAGGGCUCGUCCCUCCGCUUUCCGCGUUCCUCUCCAGCGCAGAGGUUACGCCGAGGCUGUGUCGGACAAGAUCAAGCUUUCCCUGACCCUUCCUCACCAGUCCAUCUUCAAGUCGGCCGGCGUUGUUCAGGUCAACAUCCCCGCCGAGUCCGGAGAGAUGGGUGUUCUCGCCAACCACGUCCCCUCCAUUGAGCAGCUCAAGCCCGGUCUCGUUGAGAUCGUUGAGGAGGGUGGUGCCAGCAAGAAGUUCUUCCUGUCUGGUGGUUUCGCCGUUGUCCAGCCCGACUCCCAGCUGAGCAUCAACGCCGUCGAGGGUUUCCCUCUCGAGGAGUUCAGCAUUGACAACGUCCGUUCCCAGAUCGCCGAGGCCCAGAAGAUUGCCAACGGAAGCGGCAGCGAGCAGGAUAUUGCUGAGGCUAAGAUUGAGCUUGAGGUGCUGGAGAGCCUGCAGGCCGUCCUCAAAUAG